AUGGCCGUGGGCUUCGGGCCUCGCUGGCCCCGCAGCCUGCUCCGCUUCCCCGGGGAAAGUUCGAACGCACAAGCGGCAAAGCGCCUCUGCUUUCAAAGUUCCCCUCAGAGUCACCUCUGGAGGUGUGACAUGAAGGUUGCUGCAGAUGGUGCUGCUACACAGAGGGGCUGUCGGGGCGCUCAGCGUGGGGCCGAGAGCGGUGGCAGGGGCAGGCAGGAGCUCCCCAAGCGCCCCGGGGCAGGGCCCCUCCGUGCCGCAGCCAGCGGGGCCCAGGCUGGGCCGUGGGCACCUGCUGCUGGGACACCCGUGCCUGCAAGGCCAGCCCUCAGGGACGCUUGCCCCGGCCCUGCAGAGGUGAGCUGCUCAUUCCCGCUGUCGUUUGCUCUCUCCCCUCCAGCAUGCAUGCUGUGUGGCCGGGCAGAGGCUGACCCGGACAUCUGCGGGUACAAACUGCAGAAGCGAGGGCUCUGCGCCCACCUCUUUUGCCUGUUUUUUGCCAACAGCCUCUUCCAGAAAGAGUCCCACAACGUGGGCCUGAUGGGAUUCCCCCUGAGGGAUAUUCGCCAUACAGUCGAGCAGGCAUCAGCCCAGCGCUGCUUCGUCUGUGGCGAGAGCGGGGCCGCCAUCACCUGCUGCCAGGAGGGCUGUGACCGCAGCUUCCACCUCCCCUGCGCCGUGGAGGGGGAAUGCGUCAUGCAGUUCUGUGGGCUUUACAGGUCCUUCUGCUGGCAGCACCGCCCAGAGCAGGCAGUGGAGGCGGCUCCGGGGGAGAACACUGCCUGCCUCAUCUGCCUGGACCCUGUUGAGGACAGGAAGUCCUACGGCACCAUGGUGUGCCCAGCGUGCAAACACGCCUGGUUCCACAGGGCCUGCAUCCAGGGACAGGCUGCGCGCGCCGGCAUUUGCUUCCAGUGCCCUUUCUGUAGAGAUAGGCGUGCAUUUCAAGAGAUGCUCACCAUGGGCAUCCGAAUCCCAUUCAGAUUGCCAUCAUGGGAGAAUGGGCACGCAGAUGAUGAACAAAAUGAGAGGCACAGCCGCUGCGAUGCCCGUGAGUGCCUUUGCCCAGGAGGCAGGCAGCACACAAAGCGACAGGGGCCCUGGCAACUGCUCCUGUGCUGCUCCUGCGCUGCCGAGGGCACCCACAGACGAUGCUCCCACUUGGGGACCGGCGCAGCCAGAUGGGAGUGCAACAGCUGUGCUGGCCUGGGCACCGCCUCCAGUGGCAGCUCGGAGGUGGCGGGUCCCAUCACCGAGAGCCAGUCAGGAUCGGGGCCAGUCCCACAGCUCUCCAGCACCAGAGACCAGCAGCCCCAGCAGCACUGGUCUCCAGGCGGCAUCGGGGCCAUCCCAAAGCUCCCCAGUGCCUGA